AUGACGUAUCAAAUUCCUCUCUCUAUGGAUAAGUCUUAUCUGAAGAAGUUCGUCGCAAUUUAUUUGCUGUCGAAGGUGGUUAGCUUCUUCUUUACUAUUAUUGGGCCUUUACUGUUUCUAAUAGUUAUAAUAGGGACUCAUUCAGAAACGGAUAUAAGCGAAGCUACUUCUAUUGCUUUAGGUGGCACUGCAGCAUUUCUAGUAAAUGUAUUAUUUACUUUAAAAUACAAACAAUGGUCCGACUUUUUCAAAGAUCUCGAAGACUUAAAAAAAUUCGGCAAACCAGCGUCUUACCAAAAAACGGUAAAUUUCUUAAACCGCUUCGGAUACAUUAGCAUCUUUGGUUCCUUUAUGGUCAUAAUAAUUUACGGCUUGACAGCUUGGUACAACACCAAAUUGAUCAAAGAGAUCAAUGAAGAUUUUGAUCAAAUUAGCCCUGUAUUAGUCCCGAUAUGGCUACCAUUCGGUGCCAAUAAUCUAACCGCAGGUACCAUCAUUUUUACGAUGCAAAUCAUCUUCACUGGACUUCUUACAGGUCAACCGCUUCUAAUUCAAAGCUUCAUAAUAUACGAGUCAACAGAGAUAUUGAUAUGUUACAUCAAUCACUUGAAUGAUAACUUCAAGAAAACAUUCGAAGCAUCAUCGAGGGUAGAAAUGAGAAAUAGGCUUCGGUUUUGCAUCGGUUACCAUGUCCACUUACUUAAACUGGGAUACCGUCUUAGUUCACUUGUAAAAUAUACAGUUGGGCACAUGUCCCUGUUGUCUGCCUUGGUUUGCGGUUGUAUGGCCAAUCAAAUGUUAACU